AUGAAAGCCGGUAUUAACAGAAUUUACUGCAACAAUUGUGAGGAGGAGGAAACUGAUGAGGAUGAACCAGAUGUUGAGGAGAAGACUCAUGACCUUCAAAAAAUCUUGAAGGACAUCCAAAAGAAGGUCGGCGCUAUACCUGAAUUAAAAAAACAUUUGGAUGUGAUUAAACAAAGCAUAAGUUUACUGUCCGAUAAGUAUGACACGUUGAUAAAGGAGCACGAACUUACUAAGGAUAAAAUUGCUAAACUUGAGAAGUCAUCGGUAAACAUCACCAAUAGAUGUGUUUACCUGGAGAAGUGCAACUUAGCUCUAGAACAAAAACUAAACGAAUAUGAGCAAUCAUCGCGAAAACAUAACAUUGAAAUUGUGGGAGUAGAAUACCUACCUGGUGAAAACGUGAAGGACAUAGUAACUAAAAUAGGAGAUGAACUUGGUGUCAACAGUCAGGACAUCGAGUGGGCGAAGCGAAGUCGACUAGUAAAGCCAGGGACAAAACCAUCUUCAAUAAUCAUAGGAUUCAAGGCAUCAGGAGCGGAAGACAGAAAUAAGUGGUUGGAGAAACGUCGCCAGAUUUUCGAAAAACGUAUAACUAGUAACAUGAUCAUUCCAGGCGGAUCGAUGAACAACAGAAUAUAUAUAAAUGAAGACCUCAUACCCACUACAAGAGCCUUGUUAUGGAAUGCGAAAAAACAGCUACAUGGUAUUUACAAAUACAUAUGGGUAUCCAACGGAAAAAUUCUGGCGAAAAAAGCAGAAGGUGAAAAAACCAUAUGGAUAAGGGAUCAAAGUGAUUUAAAUGACAUAUUGAAAUGA